GCAGGUGUGUGUGUCUUUGAGGAGCUGUGCAGAGUGAAAAUGCAAAGGAUUUCACUUCUGUAAAGUUAUAACUCACCGGCAUUGCUAUAAUCGAAGUUAAUAUCUUAUGCAUGGCAAAGCUUAAGAACCUUAUUCGGUAAUUCAAAUUAAGUCUCGUUUUAGCUGGCUACAUAUCGUUGCUAGCUAGCAGCUGGCUAACGUUAGCUAGCUAGCUUUCUCCACAACAAGGAGGCGGGCGGAAGUAGCUAAUGCAUGUUAGCUAGCUAGUAAGCCUCUGUUCCGUUUUUAGUAUAUUUUGGUGGACGUUGGUUAACCUAUAUUGUGAGUGAGUGACAAUAAGAGCUAGCCGACUUUCGCCGCAAGCAAGCCAUGGCUGAAUCACAGAAAGCAGACCAUUCAGAGCAUACAGGUGAGCCAGACAAAGAGACAGAGCAGCCAUCUCAGGCUGGAGUAUCAAUGGAUUCCGUGGACCCUGGAGCCUCACACAGCAAUGCACCCACAGCCUUGGCAGAUGGAAACAGUAGGGAUGAUGCUACCAAUGCAGUCAGUGCAAGUUCAUCCUCAGUUAUAGAUAGGGCAGGGGAUGCUGGUAAUUCAGAAACUGUGAGGGAAACAGAUGCAGAGGAUUCACAGAUGGUGGAAGAAACUGUAAAAACAGAUGCCUCGCUGACUGUGGGAGAAACGGACAGUAAAGAGGAUGCACAGACGGAAAGAGAAACAGCCAGUGCAGAUGCUUCACAGAUGGAAACAGCCAGUGCAGAUGCUUCACAGAUGGAAACAGCCAGUGUAGACACUUCACAGACGGAAAGAGAAACAGCCAGUGCUGAUGCUUCACAGAUGGAAAUAGCCAGUGCAGAUACUUCACAGAUGGAAACAGCCAGUGCAGAUUCUUCACGGACGGAAAUAGCCAGUGCAGAUGCUUCACAGGCGGAAAGAGAAACAGCCAGUGUAGAUGCUUCACAGACGGAAACAGCCAGUGCAGAUGCUUCACAGACGGAAACAGCCAGUGCAGAUGCUUCACAGACAGAAACAGCCAGUGCAGAUGCUUCACAGACGGAAAGAGAAACAGCCAGUGUAGAUGCUUCACAGACGGAAAGAGAAACAGCCAGUGUAGAUGCUUCACAGACGGAAACAGCCAGUGCAGAUGCUUCACAGAUGGAAACAGCCAGUGCAGAUGCUUCACAGACGGAAACAGCCAGUGCAGAUGCUUCACAGACGGAAAGAGAAACAGCCAGUGCAGAUGCUUCACAGACGGAAACAGCCAGUGCAGAUGCUUCGCAGACGGAAACAGCCAGUGCAGAUGCUUCGCAGACGGAAAGAGAAACAGCCAGUGUAGAUGCUUCACAGACGGAAAGAGAAACAGCCAGUGUAGAUGCUUCACAGAUGGAAACAGCCAGUGCAGAUGCUUCACAGAUGGAAACAGCCAGUGCAGAUGCUUCACAGACGGAAACAGCCAGUGCAGAUGCUUCACAGACGGAAACAGCCAGUGUAGAUGCUUCACAGACAGAAAUAGAAACAGUCCGUGUAGAUGCUUCACAGACGGAAACUGCCAGUGGAGAUACUUUACAGACGGAAAGAGUAACAGCCAGUGUAGAUGCUUCACAGACGGAAAAAGUAACAGCCAGUGUAGAUGCUUCACAGACGGAAAGAGAAACAGCUAGUGCAGAUGCUUCACAGAUGGAAACAGCCAGUGCAGAUGCUUCACAGACGGAAAGAGAAACAGCCAGUGUAGAUGUUUCACAGAUGGAAAGAGAAACAGCCAGUGCAGAUGCUUCACAGAUGGAAACAGCCAGUGCAGAUGCUUCACAGACGGAAAGAGAAACAGCCAGUGUAGAUGUUUCGCAGACUGAAAGAGAAACAGCCAGUGCAGACGCUUCACAGACUGAAAGAGAAACAGCCAGUGCCGAUGCUUCACAGACUAAUGGAGAAACUGACAUACCCCUGGACAUGGGAGUAGUGGAUGCUGACGAUGAGAUGGAGGUCAAUGCUAUCAAAGUGGAGGAUGACCAGAUGCAGGAGGAAGACAACUUGGAGGGGAUGGCUGCGAUAACUGCUGUGGAAGAGGGACGCAACAUGGACACUUUUAGCAGCAACUCCCUGGAUCAUGGGGAUGAGGUGGAGAAGAUGGACACGGGGACAGACUCACUGACAGAGAAUGAGGUAGAGGAGCCCAGCAAGACCGGGCCAGUGGACAACACUGAUUCCAUGCCUUCUAUCAUGGAUACAGUCUCCAUGACAGGAGACACCGAGCAACCUGCUGAGCAGACCAGCUUUGAGAAGGCUAGCGGCUCGUCUCCGCCUAUGGAGGAGGACCAAUCUGAAGAUGUCAAACCGUUUCACCCCAGUCCCACCUCCUCUAGCGAAGCUAUUCACCCACAGAACAGUAAAGGCACUGACAGUCCUGCAGGGCUGGAGAAUGGAGUCGCAGGACAGCCAGUCAAAGUUGUGGAUUCGACCCAGUCUGCCCAGCCGGCAGCUGAGCCUGUGUCCACCAGCGCUGACACCAUCUCCAUGGUGAAGGUGAAGGAUGAGCCCGUAGACGAGGAGUAUGAUCAGGCCCUGGCUCCAGCGGUCCUCUCAGAGGGCGUCAAGGAUGAACCAGACGCAGCAGAGGAGUUGAAAAUCAGUAACGUCUUCUCUGUGGGCGGCGCCCCUACUACGAACGCCACAUCCACGCCAGUGGCCGCCCUCCCCAAGACUGUAAUGCCUGCCCCGGCCUCCUCCUCCAUCCCUCCGCUGAUCCCCAUGGCUAUGCGGGUCGCCUGCUCGGCUUGUAAAAAAGUGCUGCUGAAGGGCCAGACAGCCUACCAGAGGAAGGGCUCCUCGGACCUCUUCUGCUCCACGUCCUGCCUCACCUCCUACAGCCCCCCGCCCGUCGUCAAGAUGACUGCCCCCGGCUCAGCCAAGAAACCCUGCCACUACUGCCUCAAGGAGAUUGCUAACCCCAAGGACGUGAUCACAGCUCCUGUGGACACCAUGGGCACGGUGAAGGACUUCUGUAGCCAAACCUGCCUCUCCUCCUUCAACUUCAAGAGGAACUCUGCCGUAUCCACCCUCUCCUCCUCCCUCUCCACCAUGACGGGGGCCGUCAAGUGCAGCAUGUGCAAGAAGGCCUGCAUUAGUAAACAUGAGGUGAUCUUCCAGGGCAGCAUGCACAAGCUGUGCAGCGAGGUGUGCUUCACGCGCUUCCGCUCCACCAACAAGCUGUCCAUGAACAGCUGCCAGAGCUGCAACAACUACUGCUACGGCAAGGUCACCGUGCUGGUCGUGCAGGGGGUCAAUAAGACCUUCUGCAGCGUCGGCUGUGUCUCCACCUUCAAACAGAAAACUAAGAAGCCUGUGGCAUGUACUAUGUGCCGCAACUUCCGCGCACCGGUGGAGAUGGUUGAGAGCGCCGACUCUGACGGCAAGCUGGAGAUGUUCUGCUCUACUGGCUGUGUUACAGCCCACAAAGUGCAGACUGUCAGCUCCUCAGGUGCUCGGGUAGAAUGCAACACCUGUGGUCAGAAGACGGUGCCCUCCUUCCACCUAGCCAUGUCGGACGGCUCCAUCCGGAACUUCUGCACCAUGAACUGUGUCGUCACCUUUCAGGAUCAGUUCAAUAAGAGCAACACCCAAAGCCAGAUGAAUGUGGCCCCCAGCACAGGGUCCACAGCUCCGCCCGAGGCCCCGGCCCAGACCAGGGACAAGGGAUCCCAAGGGACCAGACUGCCCUGUUUCCAGUGCCACCGCCUCUUCUCCUCUAAGCCCGAGCUCAUUCAGUUCAAGGAUAAGAUGGUAUUCCUCUGUUCGGUAAAUUGCUCGGAGGAGUACAGAAAGAUAAACUACGAGAUGGCACGCUGCGAGUACUGCAAGAUUGAGAAGCCAGCCAAGGAGGUCAAGCGAAUCAACAAGAGAGACUACAUCUUCUGCAGCGAAGGCUGUAAGCUGCUGUACAAGCACGACCUGACCAAGCGCUGGGGGAAACACUGCAGAAACUGUGCAUACUGCGCCUCCACUGCGCAGAAGGCAGUCACGGGCCAGUACGGGGGAAAGAUGGAGGAGUUCUGCUCGGACGAGUGCAAGUCCCACUACACCUUGCUCUUCUGCCAGGUGGCUAAGUGUGAUGCGUGCGAGCGCCAGGGGAAGCUGAUUGAGACCCUGCCGAUGCUGGGCGAGGUGAAGCACUUCUGCAACCUCCAGUGUCUGCUCCAGUUCUGCAGCCUGCAGACCCAGAACCAGGGCAAGCCCCAAGGCCAAAAGGUGGCCAUCUCAAUCGCUCCAUCCCCCUCCAAUACUACCACUGCUACGAGUGUGUCUGAUCCAGUCAUCGCCAACGUAGUCUCACUAGCCAGCUCCCCCACUGGCCAGCCCAACUACUCCAACACUGGCCUGCAAGGGACUGUUCCCAGCAGACAUGUGAAGUAUGUUGGAAAUGCCAGCACACAGACACAGCCCCCCCGGGCCCCUCCACCCAGGGCUCAGAAGAACAAGGCCCUGCUCUGCAAACCCAUGGUCCAGAACAAGGGCAUCAUGUGUAAACCCAACUUCACCACCACAGGGUGCCAGACAGAUGAUAAUUUCCCCAAGGUGAUCAUAGUGCCUGUCCCAGUACCAGUGUAUGUCCCAGUCCCCAUGAACCUGUACACCCAGUACACCCCCCAGCCUGUUGGACUCCCCAUACCGCUGCCCGUGCCCAUGUUCCUGCCGGUGACUCUGGAUAACGCAGAGAGCAUUGUGGAGACCAUCCAGGACAUCAAGGAGAAGAUCCCCUCUGACCCGUUCGAGGCCGACCUCAUCCUCAUGGCCGAGAUGGUGGCCGAGGAGGGGAGAGAGAAGUCCCCGGAGCGACCCCCUGAAAGACCCCCAGCCCCAGCAGUACAAGACGACCAGGGCAGCACCUACAGUGGAGACCUGGACACAGACGAACUGAGCAACUUCCUCACCACUUGGGAUGACGAGCCACCCCCCACCCCCGGCGUCUCCUCGCGCCACAGUCGACCCUACGCCCACGAGAUGCUCCGACCCAUCGUGGACAUCAACGUCCCCGCCACCCCCCCACCCCCCAUCAUGGACAUAGAGGCUGACUUCCCAGUCCAAACCCUGGAGCUGAUGGCCCAUUGGAGGGAUCAGGAGAGGGAUAGAAGUCCCAGUCCACCUCCUUCUCCUCCACGACGAAGAGCCAGAAGGAAAGCUCGGGAUGGCUUGCCACAGAAGAAAAAGAAGCGUAAGUCGAGAGCAGCAGAGACUGCGUCAGCGGUGCCGUCGCUGAGUGCGGCCAAGUGUGACGUGGUGCCCGGCGAGCCCCCCAAACUGCAGCACAUGUACGGGGUGGACGCCUGGAAGAGAUGGGUCCAGUGGAGCAAGACCCAGCCUGACCUGGAGAAGCCUCGAUUUGGCUCGCGGCCAAUGGAGAUAAAGGAGGAUGUUUUAAAGUGUACUACAGCAGAGCUGGGCUACGGUCUCUGUCGGUUUAUCUGUGAAGUUAAACGACCCAACGGAGAGUCCUACAGCCAGGACAGUCUGUUCUAUCUCUGCCUCGGCAUCCAGCAGUACUUAUUUCAGAAUGGGCGCAUGGAGAACAUAUUCACUGAUCUCUUCUAUGGCAAGUUCACACUGGAGAUCACCAAGCUGCUGAAAGACUUCAAACCUACCAUAACGGCCAGUGGCUACCUGCACUCGCGGGUGGAGGAGGAGUACCUGUGGGACUGUAAACAGCUGGGAGCCUACUCUCCCAUCGUGCUGCUCAACACGCUGCUCUUCUUCUGCACCAAGUUCUUCCAGUUCAAGACGGUGGCCCAGCACCGCCAGCUCUCCUUCGCCCACGUCAUGCGCUGCACCAAGUCCAUCCACGACAACACCAAGUCCAACUUCCUUCGCUUUUACCCGCCCAUCCCCAAGAAGGACCUCGCAACGGAGACAGCAGAUGCAGACGGUGUGGCAGUGAAGAGGAAGAGGGAUGACGAGGAGAAAGAGGAGGUACUGGAGAUGAUGGAGAACAGUGAGAAUCCCCUCCGCUGUCCUGUCAGAUUGUACGAGUUCUACCUCUCCAAGUGCUCGGACUCAGUGAAGCAGCGCACCAACGUGUUCUUCCUGCUCCCGGAGCGCUCAUGCGUCCCCAACAGCCCCAUGUGGUUCUCCUCCCAGGGCCUGGACGACCACACCUUGGACACCAUGCUGACACGCAUCCUCACCGUCAGGGAGAUCCAUUUGGGAGACCCCCAGAGGAACGAGCCCCAGUCCAAGGACCCUGAGUGGACCCCCGACCAAGACAGUGCCGACUCUGAUUGACUAUGAGGAGUGGUGCCCCGACACACACACACACACACACACACACACACACACACACACACACACAGUUGGAAGCUCUUGCUUGCAUACAUACAUGCGCACACGCACACACACAUACACUACGUGUUGAUCCGUAAGGAUUCCAGCCAUGUGUGAAGAGUAGUGUGUUCGCACACCUAUAGACUGAGAAUGUGUCGUGUACACACAAUGUGUAGGGGAAGAGUGUAAACACAAUUAUAAACUGAUGCUCAACCGCACGACUGGGACUAAAGAGAGAGACACUGUUCAUGCUGUCUGGUCUUUCAAAAUCAAAUGGAGGAAACAGCAGGAGGAAUCACUUGAAGAAGAAUCACCAUACUGCAUUUGUGAGCAUGGUUGGGGUCAAUACCAUUUAAAUUCCAGUCAAUUAAGAAAGUGGACCAAACUCCAAUUCAAAUUUUUCCUAAUUGAAAAGCAUUAAAGAUAAUUGGAAUUUUUGUGUACUUCCUGAAUUGAAAUGGAAUUGACCCUAGCCUUGGUGAGCAUAAUUGUGGUCAUAGAGAAAAAAAAGCUCUUUUCAAGUUCUUUCACUUCACAUUUACAUUUUAGUCAUUUAGCAGAUGCUCUUAUCCAGAGCGACUUACAGUUAGUGAGUGCAUACAUUUUC